UAUAGAUCUAAAUUAUAAGAUAAUUAAUUAAAUUAUAUUUUUAGCGAUGGCGAUUGGCUUCUCUUUCUGUAUCGAGAUUCGAGGUGUCCCGAGACCGAGUGUCGCAUUUUUGGGCAUCACUGACACUAAGACUUGAGAACAGAUGUAUAAUCAUGAUUAAAUCUAGAUUAUUCUAGAUCUUCAUCAGAUGACAGAUCUAAAUUUUGAGUGCUUUCAAUGAACAAUUUGUUAUAUUUACAUGGAUAUGACGCCAUCCAGUGAUCUUCCUAUACCAAAAUGUUUUAGCCACCUAAUAGUGGUUAAUGUUGGCGAUGGAGAAUGCCCGCAAAGAUUAGGUCUAAAUAUUGACAAUUUUAACCAUUUAAUUGAUUCACAUCUAGAUCUAGCUCUGGAACUUGAUUUAACCAAAGUGAGAAGUGAAAAUUGUAGCUUUAGCAAUGACUGUGUCUGUGGUAGUAAUUAUAAUACUGGCUCAAAGUCUCCCAAUGUGCCUUAUAGUUCAACUAAAAUUAAAGUAGAUCAAUCCAUAGAUUUAGAUCUAACUAGAUCUACCCAGACUCAAAGCUCAAUGACACUAGAAGACUGUGAAUCAAUUUCUUAUUCACACCCAGAGCAGUCUAAAUUUGAUAAUCAAAGCUCAAUUAGUGAAACUGAAAGCACUGUAACAAUUUGUAAUAAAAAAUCCACAUCAGACAGCAGUGAUGCAUUCUAUUUUGAGGAGAACAGUACACAAGCUAAAGAAGAUGGUACUGCAGAAUAUAAAAAUCCAUUUUUAAAACUGAACUCAUCCUUAAUGAAGCUCCAAAAAGAAAUGAAAGAUCUGCGAUUUCUUGACAUCUCUUUAUUUUGUCAGCUGAUGUCUUUGCAAGAGUCAAUUCAAGACCUGAAGUUGACAAUGUCGGACCGCUUUUCAGAUACUGGUUCAGAGUUUUCCCUAGGCACAGCCAGCUACAUGGGUUCUUUGUCCAGUCUUACUGAGGAAAGUGACUGGGAGGAGUCUGGGACAUCAGAUGUCUUUGACCAGAGUAAAGAUUUGGAUUUUGACUCCAGCUUUAAUGAAACUCAGGCAAGAAGUGCUUCUGAUUUGCUGAAACAAAUUACAGACCUGGCACUUAAAGUUGAGGAAGAUUUUUAAAUUUUUCCUGUAAGGUCUGUCUAUAUAUAGAUUUACUAUAGAAUAGACAUUUUUUGUUUUAAAAAAAAAGGUUAUUAAAUAACUUCACACAAUUAGCUCAAUUUAUAACUGACUGUCUGUCAUGAAUCUCCUUGUUUAACAUUUAUUAUAUCUAUCUCUGUGCACAUAUAAUGUGUUUAAAAACAUACUCAGCCAUGCUAACUGAUAUUAAUACAAUUUAAAUAUAAAACAAGGCAUUAUAAUGAUCAGAGGAUGGCAACAUGCAUUGACAAUUUUAUACAAUUGUACAUUUAUUUAUAUAUAUAUAUUGCUUUUUUUCUUUAUUCUUAUUCUAUUUAAAACCCUUGGUGUUUCAACUUGAAAAUUGUAAAAUAUAGAUAAAAACAAUAUACAAAGUAGCCUAUCACCUUUGAGGAUAAAUAUUAAAAAUAAUAUAUCAAUGUUUAAAUGCAAGUCAAAACUGAAAAUCCUUUUUUUUCUUCCUUUUUGUUUAUUUAUUUUAAAGAAAUAUUUUUUCCAUGUUUUUACAAAGCUUAGAAAUAUCUACUCUUUCUGUCUGUCUGGUAAAGAGUUUGUACACUGUAUUUCUCCUACACUCAAUCUUGGAUCAAGCUGAAAUUUUGCACAAUUAUUUCUUUUACCUGACAACACAAGAAGCAAUAAAAAAAACAACACAAAAACAAUUAAGUAAUUAACUAUUGAUAAUUAAUUAUUUUCUUUGGUAUCUCAAAUAAAGGAAAGAAUGUGUAGUUGACUGAAAUGGUGGUAUAAGCUUUUAUAGGUCAUCAUCUGAGUCUUAGUGAACGCAGCAUGAAAAAUAAGAUGAUAAAUUGAAACAAUAGAUAACUAUACAAUCUUCCAUGUUCAUAGCCUUUCCACUAGCAGAAUGGUUACUUUGUUGGCUUGAGCCAUGAGUUCAAAUUCAGGUUGUUCCCCCCCCCCCCCUUUUUUUUUUUUAUAAAUGCUUUUUUAUUCUCUAGAUCUAUUACAAAUUUAAUUGCUUGACUGAUUCAAACUACAUGAUACAACUAUGCUUAACAUAAGCUUUUUUUUUUAAAAAAGUAUUUUGUAUGUUUUUGUAAUUUAUUUUUUUUCAAUCUAAAUUUUUUUUAUUUUCACCUAAAUUUUUAUUUUUCAAUCGUGACUAAAAUUGAAGGUACAUUUUUUAAUAAACAAGAUGGUUUAAUUUUUUAAAAGUAUGUAGUUUAUAUGUUAGUGGAUUAUAAACUAUUCAUCAUUAAACUGGUUUAAUCAUGAAGCAUUAUUCAAAGCAGUUUUUCUAUUUGCUGUUGGGUGUAGAGAUACAAGUUAUAUGAAUGAAACUCACAAAAGUACAAUGUAAUAGCUUUAUGAUUCCCGGUGACUUUUAUGUUGACAUUUAUUUAUAUUUUAAAAGUUAAAUUUAACUUUUUUUCAAUAAUUGGAUCUUCAAGUUAAUUAGCAAAGAUCACUCCGUUGAUUGUUCAGUCUUGGCUGGAUAAACAGUAUAUAUAUAUAUAUUUAAAGUUAGGUGUAUUUUUAAAUGAUUGUUUACAAAUUAACUUAUUAGAUUAUAAAUCAUAGUACAAAAAAAAUUGAUGACAUUUAUGUAUUGUAUGUUAAUGUACCCUGCUCUGCAUGGUGCUUAAAAAAAAUCCAAAAUAACAACUGAGUAGAAAAGUAUUAUACACCAUGCAUGUAUGUUAUGUUUCUUUUUAGUAUAGCUUAUUACCUGAAUAAAUACAUGGGUAUUUUAGAAUUUUUAUAUUUUGUUAUACUUGCAGUUUAAAAAAAACAACUAGUUUUGAUUUUUCAAAUGUAUUCACCUUUUUUUUUUUUUAUCUAGUUGGCUUGCCUAAAAUUGUUGGUCCAUUACAUCAGUUUCCAUUUAUCCGUAGAUUAAGUUUUCAACACCUUGUUUAGACAGUUCAACUAGUGAAAAAAAAAAGCUUUAGGCCUAUGUGCAAAUCACUACUCUAUAGCUGACUUUAAAAUGGUAACUAAAAGAAAAAGAUACAUUAAGAAAAACAACAAUAACAUAUAUUCUUUUAUUAUUAGGAUAAUAUUUAUGAAUGAAAUAUAUAUUUUUAAAUUAAAAUUGUUUUCUUGGAAUAUUUUUAUAUAAUUAGAGUUAUAAUAGAGCACACUAUUAUUAACUAGUAACCAGACAAUGUCAGCUUGACGCAAGCUUUUUACUCAUAUUUUGUUUUUAUGACCAUUUUGGCAAUGCUUGAUUUUGGUACUCUGACUUGUGCUAGUUGACCAUGAAAUAUGAUCAUAAUUUUCCUGCAGGCAUUAGUUCUUUGUAAAUUAUAGAAUGUUCUUAAUAUAGAUUUUAGUGAAGCAUUUCUUUAAAGUAAAACUAUUUUGUAGAACCUUUAAAUAUGAAAUAGCCAUUUACAAAAAACCAAAACUAAACAUAAAAUUAGAUCUUUUAAAUACAUGCUAAUUGAAGAAGAAAAUAUUUUCAAAAAGAUUUUAUUUUGGUUUGAAGAUACAUGUUUUUUUAUAAGCUGUUUCUCUGUUGUGAAAAUAAUUGAUAAUUGGUGCAGUUGGUGGAAAGAUUUCCACUUAAGUUUGUUUUUUUUUUUUUUUUUUUGUGUGUGUGUGUGUUUUUUUCAUAGUGUCUUUUUCCACUUGAAAAAAAAAAAAGUUAGUUAUUUAAUUAAAGAUAUGAAAAACUCACUAGAGAAACAACAAACGUUAUACAUAAUGGAGGUUGUGAACUAUUUAGAUAUGGUAUUGAUAUUGCACUUUGGCCAUAUCGUUUGUAAUUAUGCUUUUUGAUUUUUUUAAUGAUGUUAUUAAAAGACAUAUCUUUCCAAGUGGUUGUGAACUGUGAUGUUAAAAUGAAUUAACAUUUUAUCAGGGAACAAAAAAAUGUCCUUCCUAGUUUUAAAAAAAAUUAGUUUUGUGUUUUUAUGAAAUAUUAAUACUCAUUGUAAAUAUGUUAUUAUUUUUUCAUUUUAACUUCUAUUAAUACAAAAGAUUAAAACAAAAUGAUGAAAUCUUUAUAAAGUGGUAAUUUUUUUUUUUAAAUGUUACUCGAGACAAAGAUUUCAAGUUUUAAAUUUUACCAUAUAUGGCAAUGUAUAUGAAACAUACAUGGUUUGUUUUAAA